AGACGCGAACUCGGUGAGAUUAAUUGUUUGGGUUUAGCAUUUUCAGAGUGCUUGUGAAAAAUUGGUCUCAAAUCUUGAAAAUAAAACUUUAAAACUGGAUAAGAAGUAUCUUGCACGUAAAACUGCUGUCGCCAUCUUCAGAUUAACGGCAGUUUGCUUGUGUUCUAAACCAUAAAACACCAAAAAGGACGAACAGCAUUUUAGCUCGCUGUGCAACCUUGGCUUGUGUUUACGGUAAAGACAUACUGCCGAAGCGAUGGUACCAAUCGGGGGUCCUGUAGGACACGGUGGACAUCCGAUUCACAUACCGACUCCGAUACAAACUGCUCCUCCACCGUCACAAAGUCAGCAUGCACCAUCCAGUCAGAACCGGCAAUCACUAUCGGUGAAACCAAACUACACCCUCAAGUUCACCCUUGCCGGACAUACCAAGGCGGUGUCGGCGGUAAAGUUCAGUCCGAACGGUGAAUGGCUUGCAAGCUCCUCGGCCGACAAGUUGAUCAAAAUCUGGGGCGCCUACGAUGGUAAGUUUGAGAAGACGAUCUCCGGCCACAAGCUCGGCAUCAGCGAUGUGGCGUGGUCGAGCGAUAGCCGUCUGCUCGUGACGGCCAGCGAUGACAAGACGCUGAAAAUCUGGGAGCUGAGCUCGGGCAAGUGUCUGAAAACGCUGAAGGGCCACACCAACUACGUGUUCUGCUGCAACUUCAACCCGCAGAGCAAUCUGAUCGUGUCGGGCAGCUUCGACGAAUCCGUGCGCAUCUGGGACGUGCGAACGGGCAAGUGUUUGAAGACGCUGCCCGCACACUCCGACCCUGUGUCGGCGGUUCACUUCAACCGGGACGGGUCGUUGAUCGUAUCGUCCAGCUACGAUGGGCUGUGCCGGAUCUGGGACACUGCCAGCGGCCAGUGUCUGAAGACGCUGAUCGACGAUGACAAUCCGCCGGUAUCGUUCGUGAAGUUCUCGCCGAACGGCAAGUACAUUUUGGCGGCAACGCUCGACAACACGCUCAAGCUGUGGGACUAUUCAAAGGGCAAGUGCCUGAAGACGUACACCGGCCAUCGGAACGAGAAGUACUGCAUCUUUGCCAACUUCUCCGUCACCGGUGGCAAGUGGAUCGUGUCGGGCAGUGAGGACCACAUGGUGUACAUCUGGAACCUGCAGAGCAAAGAGAUCGUGCAGACGCUGCAGGGCCACACGGAUACGGUCCUCUGUACGGCUUGCCAUCCGACGGAGAACAUCAUUGCCUCGGCUGCGCUCGAGAACGAUAAAACGAUAAAGCUUUGGAAGAGCGAUACGUAGAGUGGGAGACGAUGGAAGCGGAGUUAGUUGCGGUGCGAGGAGAAGCUUCUUCACUAUCGUUUAAGGGUAAAUUCAUAAACCAGAACAGUAAGUAGACGGUAGGCGAUGCGGACAGUUGUAGCGAGGUAAGAAAGAUUCAGGAUGGUUUUAUAAGACUUCGACAUCUUGUGUAUAAUAAUAUACAAACUAAACGUGCAUGAUAAUGAUACAACAUAUAUAAGGAAACGACACCGUGUUG